GUCUCCUCCUUCAGCAGUUCAGGAUGAGAGAUCUAUAAAUAGCAAUGCCGUGUUCACUGCCGCAGCAGGCUGAGAAAAUAAUUGCAGCUUCCACGAGGCAAGGAGCAACCAGACGCAUCCCAUCAUUAGCAGCUAUGGCAGAUGCAAAAUUUAAGGCAAACUUCCUCGCCAAGCAUAAUGAGUGCAGGAAGAAACAUGGGGUCCCUGCUGUAACCAUUAGUCAAGACUUGUGCAGCUCUGCACAGGCCUGGGCUGACCACUUGUUGUCUACUAAAGCUUUACAGCACAGCAAAACCAACAAUGGAGAGAAUCUUUAUUAUUUCCGAAGCUCUGCACCAAAAGCGCUUACAGGUGAGGAGCCCGUGGACAGCUGGUACAGUGAGAUUAAAGACUAUAAUUUCAGUAAACCUGGAUUUCAGUCAAACACAGGACACUUCACCCAGGUUGUAUGGAAAGCAACCACUGAAAUUGGAGUGGGCUUGGCCACUGAUGGAAAAACUGUCUUUGUGGUCGGUCAGUACAAACCUGCUGGAAACAUAUCCAAUCCAGGAUACUUUCAGGACAAUGUUUUGCCUGCAGGAGGGAAAAGAAACAGGCAACCACCAGGAGGAAUAGAGAAAAGCCAAGCUAUGGCAGAUGAAAGUUUUAAGGCAAAGUUCCUCGACAAGCAUAAUGAGUACAGAAAAAAGCAUGGAGUCCCUCCUGUGACGUUUAGUCAAGAUUUAUGCACCACCGCACAGACUUGGGCUGACCACAUGCUGUCCAUUAAAACUCUGAAGCACAGUGAUACGAAUGAUGGAGAGAAUGUCUAUUAUUGCCAGAGCUCUGUUAAAACGGCACUUGUAGGAGAAGAGCCUGUAACCGACUGGUACAACGAGAUUAAAGAUUAUGAUUUCAGUAAGCCUGGUGAUCAACCUGGCACAGGACAUUUCACCCAGGUUGUAUGGAAAGCAACCACUGAAAUUGGAGUGGGCUUGGCCACUGAUGGACAUACUUCCUUUGUGGUUGGUCAGUACAAACCUGCUGGAAAUAUAAUCAAUCCAGGAUACUAUGAGGAAAAUGUUUUGCCUGCAGCAGAGGACGGGGAGUAAGCUGGUGAAACAACUCAAAAACAGAGCUGUGGAUGUCUGUGUAUUGUAAAACACUGCAAAAGUUGACUUUAAUUUAGUCAGAUAAUACUAAUAUUCCAAAGACUUUUAUAAUUAAAGUUUGUAAUUCUUGCAUUAACGAUGAAUUGUUAUCAAAAAUAAAUAUAUUGUGUCCUAAUCGAUACAAAUAAAGUAAA